AUGUCGCUUACAAACAUUUUUGUUCCGCGAAAUCGUAAAGUAGAUUUUACGGUAGAUAUUUUAAUAGAGGAUCUUGCUAAUGUACCAUUAGUGACUGGACUGUUCUAUGUAAAGUGGAAACUAAAAAAUGCAGAAAAGACGAGUGGCUCUACUGAACGAGCUUUCAUUAAAGAUUAUUCUGUAUUUUGGAAUUAUAACAUCUCAAAUACGAUACAGCUAGUUGUUGGAAAAGACGGAUAUUUGAUGCCUUGCGAACUUUGGCUAACUAUAAAACAAGAAUUAAAGGGAGGCAAAGAAAUAAACAUAAUAGGUUCUUUAUCGUUAAAUCUUUCGGAGUAUGUUGGUUCAG